AUGGCUACCACUAAUGGAGAAGUCGUAAUGGGUGAUAUGGACUACGAUGGCCGGGUUAUCAUCUACAUUAUCAAAGCCGACCAAACUUCUUAUAUCAACUACAUGAAGCCCCUGAUUCUGGCAGAAGAGCUGCAGUUCCCGCAUGUCCUUUCUGUCAUCGAUACCCGCGAUGAAUGGUUCUACAGCAUCCAUCCAGAGAGAUACGUUCCCAGUCUCAAGGACGAAGAUCCAGCCACCAAGGAGAAGGUCAUUGUCUUUGAAAGCACUGCUUGUCUGCAGUACUUAACCGAUCGUUUCGACACCGAUGGUUUCUGGACUGGUCGCACCGCUGCUGAAAAGGGGGCCAUCUUAUCGUGGACCGCAUAUCAGACAGCCGCCCUAGGUCCCACGGCCAAGUACUGGCUUUACUUCAAGAAAGGAUAUCCCACCAGGGCUAAUCCAAUUGAACUCCCCCGUACAAUUGAGAAGCUGCAUGCAAAUACCGUUCGACAGUGGGAUAUCUUGGAAAAGAGGCUAAAAGAGCCGGGUCAGGACUACAUCGCUCUGAAAGACCGCCCAACUGUAGCAGAUUUGUCCUAUUUCCCGUUUGCGAUGCCUUGGAUGUUCAGCUUCUUUGGCGUAGACGUCAAGGACUGGCCACAUAUUCAACGCUGGGGAGAGCGGAUGCUGAGCAGGCCUGCAAUUAAACGAGUCUUGGAGCGUGCUCCUACCUUGGGACAUUGA